AGGAAAUGUCAGCGGUCGGUGCGCGUCCACUGCCCCUCUUUCUCGGUCCUUACCAAACCUGCAAAUUCCCAGGCUCGGCUUAAACUUGGGAGAUGUCGCAACCCAGUUGUGGGGAGGACGUUCGCUAGAGAAGUGCCCAGCUCAGGGCUCUCCAAAGGAGCGGUGCGGAGCAAAUUGUCUCCUGGGGACCGGAGGGGCUUGCCCAGACAGCCCCCGGCAGGGGAUGUGGUGGGAUAUGCUAAUACCGAGCGGCCGCUGCGGACCAGCCUCCCUUUACAUGUAUAUAUAAGGGCCCCCCGCAUCAGCCAAAGGACACUUCGUCUCGGGGUCGCUAAUUACUGAGGAAUUGGCCCAGCGCGCUGCGGAGCUCCUCGCCCAGAGCCGGUGGCUGCCGCCCCACACCGACGCCUCCGCUGCAGGGAUGGAGGUGAUGGACAGCUGCCAGUUCUCCCCGUCCGAGCUCUUCUAUGACAGCUCCUGCCUCUCCUCCCCGGAGGGCGAGUUCCCCGAGGAUUUUGAGCCCCGGGACCUGCCUCCCUUCGGCGCCCACGACCCCCCCGAGCCCGCCUGCUCCGAGGAAGAGGAGCACGUCCGAGCUCCCACCGGCCACCACCAGGCCGGCCACUGCCUCAUGUGGGCUUGCAAAGCCUGCAAGAGAAAAUCCACCACAAUGGACCGGCGGAAGGCGGCCACCAUGAGGGAGAGGAGGAGGCUGAAGAAAGUGAACCAGGCUUUUGAGACGCUGAAGAGAUGCACCACCGCCAACCCCAACCAAAGACUCCCCAAAGUGGAUCUGAGAAACGCCAUCAGAUACAUCGAGAGCCUCCAGGAGCUCUUGAGGGAACAGGUAGAAAACUACUACCACCUGCCGGGACAGAGCUGCUCCGAACCGACCAGCCCCACUUCCAGCUGCUCCGACGGGAUGGCCGACUGCGGCAGCCGUUGGUCGGCGAGAGGCAGCAGCUUCGACGCCGUCUACUGCUCCGAGAUGGCCCACGGGUAUGCCGCCGAGCAGGGCAGCGCCCUGUCCAGCCUGGAUUUCUCCAGCAUCGUGGACCGCCUCUCCCCGGCGGAGGAACCGGGGCUGCCCCUCCGCGACGCCGACUCCCUCUCGCCCAGCGCCAGCAUCGACUCGGGGCCGGGGACGCCCGGGACGCCGCCGCCCCGACGGACCUACCAGGCGCUAUGAGGGGGCCCGGGGGGGGGGCCGGUACCCCGAGCCUUGUCGCUGCUCCCCC